AUGGCCUCAAAAUCACCUGCAAACAAAGCACAUACAAAUAAUGUCAAUACUACUAUCCAAUCAACAACCUACAGUUCCAUCAACCCUAUCAAUAACAGUCAAAAUUCAAGAAACAAUACUAUAACCUACAGACAACAGAAUCAACAUGGAGAUCCAAACAUUGGCAGGCCUGGGAACUCAGGCUGGCCAAAAGCAAUGAAAUUCAUGUCAUGGAACUGUCAGGGACUUGGCAACCCCAAGACAGUGAGAGCCUUAAGGAAGCUCAUUGCUAACAAUAAGCCUGAUAUCAUUUUUCUUAUGGAAACUAAGAUGCAUAAUAUUUCCCCUCAUUUUAAAAAUCAGUUUGCUGCUACUUACAGCAUCCUACAUGUAAAUUGUACGGAAAAUGGGGAGAAUGGAAAGGCUGGAGGUCUAAUCCUCCUCUGGAACAAUUGUACCUGUCAAAUUGAUAUAAUGGAUAUGAAUUUUAACUACAUUGAUAUGCAUGUUACUAACCUUAACACUUCUAUGCAGUGGAGAGCUACUGGAAUCUAUGGAUAUCCACAACAUCAUAAUAAACAUCUCACUUGUGAACUCAUAAACAACCUACAUCAAUCUUCAAACAACAACAAGUGGCUUCUUUUUGGAGACCUAAAUCUUAUUACCAGGGAAAAUGAAAAAUAUGGGGGCAACCCUAUUGAUACAAACAUUACUAACUUGUUCAGAGCUACUCUUAACCUCUGUGACUUGCAGGACCUAGGGCACAAGGGUGACAUCUAUACCUGGACAAACAGACAACAAAACCACCACUUGGUCAAGGCUAGAUUGGACAGAUUCCUGGCAAACUCAGAAUGGAAAACAAUGUUUCCAAAUUUUUGUAAUACUCAUCUCCUUAUAUAUAAAUCUGAUCAUGCACCUAUUUUACUUGAUUUUAACACCGUUGCAGGGUUGGUAACAAAACAAAAAGGCCCAAAGCCUAUCAGAUAUGAGCAAAUCUGGACCAGGGAACCACCCCACUAUGACAUUGUUAAAGAAAAUUGGCAGAACAACAGAGGACCUGUCCACCAAAAGCUUGCUACCACCCUGGACUCCCUACACAGAUGGGGAUAUAAAACCUUUGGUAUUAUACCAAAAAGAAUAAGAAACUUAUAA